UCGAUUUAUCUGCGUGCAGCUCGUCAUCCCUUACUUCCACUUGCACAGCGUUCAUACGUUUACCUGCUACACGCUACAACUGAGUAAUAACACACCGUCUACAGCCAUGGCAGAUCCAAGAAUACGGCAAAUUAAGAUUAAAACUGGCAUCGUCAAGAGGCUGGCCAAAGAGGAGGUCGCGUACAUAACCGAGGCGAAGCAGCAGGAGCAGAAGAUCGAGCGCAUGAAAGCGGAGGCGGGAGAUGAUUAUGUCAUCAAGAAACAGAUGGAGGUGUUGCAGGAGUCCAGAAUGAUGAUCCCAGACUGCCACCGCCGCCUGACCGUCGCACACGGAGAUCUGCUCCAGUUACUAGAAACAGAAGAGGAUUUGGCCGAGUCAGAGGAGUACAAAGAGGCUAGGAACGUAUUGGACUCAGUGAAGCUUGAAGGAUGAUUUCUGAUCUGUUUCUGUUCUCACUGUGAGAUUCACUUGCUUAAAUGUCCAUUCCUUUCAUCAGGCCUGGGGGGUUUGUGGAACCAUGGAGGGAAACUGAAUCCAUUCAAAGUCUCUGUUCUUGAUGUAAUUAUUUCUACUGUUUACUGUUAACGUGCCACCACACUUGGUCAUGCCCCCCCACCCCCCCCCCCCCCCCCCCCCCGUUUGAAAUCCCACAAGAAUACGAUAAAACUUUGACUUUAUUACAGUAGAGGAGUGGAGGGUUUUUCUUUUUUUUAAAUGUUAUUUGUCAUAUUAAUACACAACCUGGACUGAAUAGACACGAUUAAAUACACACACACACGUUUGUCUUUUAUCUUUUCUGCUACAAUAACCAUCGGUUUGAAUGAUGUGGGUCCACUCUGAACACUGUAAACACUGUAAACACUGUAAACACAACACAACUGCACAUCACUGCAGAAGCUCCAGUGUUUUAUGAAGUGACACUUUUCCUUAAUAUUUUUUUUUGAGUGAACUUUGCCUUUAUUUUACAUGUAUCUUAUGCUUGCAGGACUUUAAUUGGCUCUAACCCUCAAAGAAGAAGAUGAUGAUGAUGAUGUAUCCCACAAUACUAACAAAAGCAGCAAUUAACAAUUCUGUCAGUGAUUCUUUUGAUUAAUCGAUUACACGUCUGAAAAUAUUUAAAAAAUAUCCAACACAAGUUCCUAAAAAUCCAAAAAAAACAAAAAAAAACAAAAGAAAAAAAAAGCUAAUUAUCAUAUUUGCUGAAUUUGAGACAUUUUUGCUUCAUUUCUCUCGACUAAUCGAUUAAUCUAAUGAUUUGAAACACUGGUGGAUGUACCUGCCUUGUGUGUUCACGUGCUGGUCUUCCUGUUAACAGCACUGAAAUGACUUGUGUUUGAAACCUACAAUAAAGAGUAGAGCACC